AAAAAAAAAGAGGCAAGUUCUCUUCAAUCUAAAACCCUACGUCCUCCUCCAUUCUUCUUCAAACCCUACCAUUCCAUUCACCCCGCCGUAUCUUUCCACAGCAAAAAAGUUCUGAGGCACACACACAGAAGCAAAAAAACAAAAUAAUAUCGAGUAAUGGCAAGCAGUGCAGAGCCUAAAUUGGAGAAGAAAGAAGUAGAAGAGGAAGUAGUAGAAGAAAACCCAAGCGCUGCUGCAGAUGAUGAAGACACUGGUGCUCAAGUUGCUCCAAUUGUGAAGCUGCAAGAAGUUGCUGUCUCCACUGGUGAAGAAAAUGAAGACGUUCUUCUUGAUCUGAAGUCAAAGUUAUACAGAUUUGACAAGGAAGGGAAUGCAUGGAAAGAGAGAGGUGCCGGGACUGUGAAGCUUCUCAAGCACAAGGAAACCGGAAAGGUUAGGCUUGUCAUGAGACAAUCCAAGACACUGAAAAUCUGCGCCAACCACUUGGUCCUUCCUGCUAUGACGAUUCAAGAACAUGCUGGGAAUGAGAAGUCUUGCGUGUGGCAUGCUGCUGAUUUUGCUGAUGGGGAGCUAAAAGAGGAGACUUUUUGCAUUCGUUUUGCUUCAAUUGAGAACUGCAAAUCUUUCAAAGAAAAAGUUGAAGAAAUUGCUGAAUCUCAACAGACGAAAUCUGAAGAAAGUGAAGGAGCUGCUGCUGCUGCUACUGAACUUAUUGAAAAACUUAGUGUUGAAAGCAAAGAUAAAGAAGACAAGGCUGAGGACAAAGAAACCUCUGCAGAAACAGAGGAAAAGGAAGAUAAGAAGGAAGAGAAUGCUGUUGAGAAGAAUUAAAAUGUUUAUUUGUCGGUCAGGGUUUUCUUUUUGAAAGGUUUAUAGUAUUCAUUGUUUCUGUCUGAUCCUAUAGAUAUGAUAGAUAUAAGCAAUGUGUCUUGUGGGUCUUAUUUGUUGGUCUUUGUGGUGGUUUGGAUUUUAAUUGGGGUCUGGAGUCGAGUGCAGUUUCUUGUUUUAAUGGUCUUUGCCGUCAUCUUGUGCUUAUUUAUGGUUAGUUUGAAGUUUUGGUUCACAGGGUACACCACCCAGUAUAAGAGAAACAUGAGUCAAAACCUUAGUGUUGUACUAAGGUUGUUUCGUGGUAUAGUUUAUGUGGUUUCUUCUUUGUUUGGAAAAUGGAGAAAGGAUUAGGAACUUAACUUUCCUCAUUUUGGUUUUUUCAAAAGGAGAAAGUUGAAAGGUGAAUUAAUCAUUUUUGAA